AUGAAUUCCAGCCUGGAAUAUCUGGAUGCUACACAGAACUAUUAUGGGUAUACCAAUGAGAGUGACUCAUAUGAGAAUGCAGAAGAGAUAUCCCUUUCUUAUUUAGGAGCAAUUCUUUGGCUACUCAUUACUUUAAUUACCUGUUGUAUUGGGUUUGUGGGCAAUGGCUACAUCAUUUGGUUACUUGGCUUCCAGAUUAAGAGAAACAGUUUCACCACAUUCAUCCUUCACUUGGCCAUUGCAGACUCUGUGUACCUGACAUCUGUAUUUAUAUAUUAUAUUGAUACAUUUUUUACCAGUCUUCAAGCAAGGGAAACAUUCGAUCUCCUCUGUAUCUAUUUCAUGCGCAUGACGUAUACCAAUGCAAACUUUCUUCUGACAGCCAUCAGCAUGGACCGGUGUGUGGCUGUCCUCUUCCCAAUCUGGCAUCGCUGUUCCCGGCCAAAACAUUUGUCAACCACAGUGUGUGUCCUCCUGUGGAUCUCCUCUUUCCUCCUGUGUGGAAUUAUGAGCAUUACAAAAAAGAAUCAGGGUCAGCUUUUACUGAUGAUUUUCAUUACUCUUCUCUGUUUCCUCAUUCUUGCUUUUCCAUUUUGUGUCCUUACAGUGAUUAUUAGUUUUUCCAGUACCAAAGCUUACAAUAAACUGGAACUUUGGUUUGCAUAUAGUAUACUAUUUUCCUGCCUAAACAGCAGUAUUAAUCCCGUGAUCUAUUUUCUAGUUGGGAGAAAAAAAAGAGCUCAGACCAAGGAAAGCAUGAAGGUCAUUUUGCAAAAGGUCUUCAAAGAAGCAGAAGUGACUGGAGGGAGAUAGAAGAGCUCAAAUCCACCUACAAGAUCUCUGU